UUCAAUUUUGCUGUGCGCACUCGCCUGUGCCCACACUAGUACACUGUACCCAUACUCGAAGAAGGGAAGCAUUUGCUGCUUGGGGGUACUGUCGUACGGUUACGCUGCGAUUUUGUGAUGUCCUCGACUCAACGCAGUCGAUGUGAUGUUCCUGGCUGCCAAAGCGACAGCACUGAACGGAUUCACCGGGUGCCUGAGGAUCCCGAACGUCGGCAAGCGUGGUUACGGCGCAUUGGUUGGCCAGCUUCAAAGAAGCGGGCACGGAUAUUCGUGUGUAGACGGCAUUUUUCUGCCGAGGAUUACAUGCAACACCCCGGCGUAGUGCAAGCCAUGGGGUUCCAAGCCGGGCGCAUAUACCUGAACAGGGAUGCGCUACCGAGCUUGCUUCUCCCGAGCAGUCCGCCACACGCCAAGGAUGCUGAGUCAUCACCGGGUGCUUCAACAUCAGAUACACCGAGUAGCACUCCCAUGGAUUUUCCUCCGCCUAUUUGCAGGCCGCCGUGUGCUGCCAGUGCAGUUGUCGCCCUCGUCCGAAGGCCUCUGUGGCUACACAGUGCUCACUUGGCAUGGAGGCAGCAAGGGAUAUAUAGCUUCUUCGGGUGCGGAUAGCACAGCUGAUGAGGGACCUGCCUGAGGAUGAUGUAGAGAUCGCCGGAGAAGGCCAGUGGGACUUGCCAGGGUACAGUGCAAAGUGCUGCACAUAUUCUGUCCUGGCAACAGAGUUUGGUAGAAUCCUGCGGUACAAGCAGACUGUGAUAUGAUAUGUGGCACAGGGAACAAGAACUGAAACCCCAACACCUCGAUAAAGUGUCAUGCAGUGGCUCAGUGAGUUUGUGAGUGCACGUAUGUGCCAUGUGUUGACGUAAAAGAAACCAACAGGCUCGUGAAGCGCGGCCUCGAGAGCGAGGGAGACUCGUGCCUUCGGUGGCGCUCAACGGUCGUGCUUAAGGUCAACCAGUGUUCGUGGCAAAGCAGAAGUCUGGCUGAGCGACUGGCCCUGAAACCAGACGAUGCGUGGUUGUUCCUGCUGCUGUUCCUGCUGGCUGGGCAACCAACGAACGAGGCCAACCGUUGUUCCAGCUGGCCGACUAGCCCAGGAAGCAGGCGAGGUCCGCUGUUCGUUCCACCGUCCACAGAGGUGGAUUGAGUAGUCACGGCGGGCUACAAGCGAGGCCAACCUGCGUUCCGGCUGGGCAACUGGCCCAUGGAGCCGGCAAGGGACUGGCACAACGUCAGGGUGCUGCCGGCACGAGACCAGGUGGCAAAGUGCUGCUGUUGCGAUGGCAGAGGGCCAAAUCAGGGAGAGGACCGACCCACGUCGGACACUGAAAGUGAACCAGGCAGAGCACCGUUCUCAACUGACCGGCGUGUAUGCCACCUAUACUGC